GUGGAGAGUAUUUUCUUGCGCACUAACACAGCAGCAGCCCAAGUAACAUCCAUUCCUUCCUUCAUCAACCACACUCAGAGGAAGCACUUUAAGGCGGCUACUCUCUCGCCGUCUUCAUUCUAAUCUAAUCACAUCACAUCACAUCGACCCUUUCUUUUAUUUUCCUUUGUCAUGCUUGCGAAAAGUGUCGACGCAAAGGUUAGGCCUUUGGCCAAUACAAGCCUCGAAAAGUCGAGCCUUCUCGGUGCCGCUCGUAUCUAUGUCAGCAAAGAUACUCUGCUAUCGUUAAACGGAAAUCUAGAAAAUGGAAAGCACUGCGUUGUCACACGGUUAGAAUCUGCCGCCAACAGGGAAGAUGUUCCCCAAGAAGAACUGCAGCGAGAAGCCUCGCUAUGGAUCCUCCCAGAGAAGAACCUCAGCCCAAAUGUCGUUAUGAUGACUAGGGCAUUCCAAGAAGCUACAGGUUUCAGGAUCGGUGAUGCUGUUCGGAUCACAGUUGCAGGCACAACACCAGAGGCAGAAGAAGUGGUUGUGCAGGAUGUGACUGAAAAAACAGACAAAACAGCCACCGAGUUUGACAGGAUGGAAAGAUUAGACAAAGACCCAAAGUAUCCUUUCUCCUGGGAGAAUUCACUUGCAGCUGCCUUUGAUCGUGCUGAUCUCAUCUUCCCUGGUAUGGUUGUGGAAGCAAUACACACUUGCAAGGCACGCCGAAACUUCGAGGUCGUUUCCGUAAACUCGCAGACCAAUAGCGUUGCAAAAUUCAACCAUCGCUCGACAGCCAUAAUCAUCACUGAUGUCAAUUCAACCAUCACAGACUUGAACGCCCAGGACCGUGGCGAUUUGGUUGUGACUGGUGUCCCUGGAAUGUCAAAGCAGAUCAACACACUGAAUGAAUUCCUACUUCUCAUCACCCAGCCUUGCAAUGUCAAAGGAGAUAAAAUGUCGGCUGCUUUUGUUAUCCACGGUGGCUCAGGCACUGGCAAGACUUUCAUUUUGAAACGCAUCGCUGCAACGAAAUGGGGCAGAGUGCACUGGAUUAAGCCCUCGGACAAGAUCGCGAGUAUCAGGGAAACCUUCAAGCUUGCCCAGAGUCAGCAACCGAGCAUCGUAUUGAUGGAUAAUUUCGAGUCUCUAAUCAGCAAGGAUCGCUCAAAUCGUGACACUGUUAUCGAAACAAUAGGCGAAGAACUGGAUGCUUUAGCCGAAAUCUCACAGUCGAAAAACGCUUACACUCAGGUCGUGGUGAUCGCGACCUGCUCCGACUUCUAUACUGAUAUCCCCGAGGAAUUGCGAUCAUCCACUCGAUUUCUGGAACACACUCCUCUACCUAUUCCUAGAACCCAUGAGCGUCAAGAGAUACUCGAGUACCUUGACCCACCGAUCAAAGGCGACAAACAAGCACUUCUCCUUGAACUGGCACAAAUGACACACGCAUACAGCCCUAAGGAUCUCAGCAUUUUGAUCCAAACCGCCGUCCGUGGCCGCAAAACCCAGCUGCUUAAGGCAGGUGUCGAUCCUGGCGAGGAGCGGUUCUUGGAAAAGUCUGACCUGGAACGAGCGAGAAAGGCAGUUCGGCCCACAGCUAUGCGCGAUAUCAAUCUCAACCCUCCUACUAUUCAUUGGCAGGAUGUUGGCGGUCAAGAUGUACUGAAAAAGGCACUCAAUCGAAUGAUCAAGUAUACAAAGAAUCCGGAACACUCUCUUCGUCCUCCUCCCAAGGGCCUUCUGCUAUAUGGGCCUCCUGGUUGCUCGAAAACUCUCUCAGCUCAAGCCGCCGCGACAGAGUCAGGCUUCAACUUCUUUGCCGUCAAAGGUGCCGAGCUUCUUAACAUGUACGUUGGCGAGUCUGAGCGAGCUGUGCGUACCCUUUUCGAACGUGCUCGCAAUGCUUCCCCAUCUAUCAUUUUCUUUGACGAGAUCGACUCUAUUGGGGGGCAGCGCUCAGGCAGUGGCUCCGCUACCCGUAGCAGUGGCUCUGUCAAUAUGCUCACAACCCUUCUCACUGAAAUGGACGGUUUCGAGGCUCUCUCAGGGGUGCUUAUCCUCGCAGCUACCAAUCGACCCGAGGCCAUGGACCCGGCGUUAAUGCGGCCAGGCCGGUUCGACCAAGUCCUGUACGUCGGCCCUCCUGAUGGAGCCGCACGAGAAGCCAUUUUCAACGUACAUCUCCGAGGUCUACCUCUGGCAUCAGAUGUCAAUAUCGCAGAUCUUGCUCGACUCGCUGAAGGUUAUUCCGGAGCCGAGAUCAAGUCCAUUUGCGAUCAGACCUGCAUGCUUGUGCAGGAACGCUAUGACGAUGAUAAAACCAACAAGCUCGAAGUGACUAUGUCCGAUUUAACAGCUACCCUUGAAAAAACACCACGGAAUAUCACAAAGCAGAUGAUUGAGGGGUAUGAUAAGUGGUCAAGGCAGUUCAAAAAGGUGUAAAGUUUAGAUGAGAUUAUAAAAAUCAGCCCAUGGUUAGACUAAACUUGUGUUGAUUUAGAGGAUACAAUGAAACUUCUUGAAGUUUAGAUAUGGAUAUUACGAGCUUAGACCAGGUGAUAAUAACUGGGCAAAUUUUAGACG